ACCUGACAGUGCAAGCGGCAAAAGCUCCACGUAAAAAGAUUUGUUUGUUUAUGACUCCUGACCUGCUGCCGACCCAAAACAAGCAAGGAACUGCGAGCACAGGGCAUUAAAAUUUAACGCUUUAAGCCUUUCUGGGCUGAGACAUGGAGAUGGAGAGAAAUUCAAGGAGCUUAAGGAGUCAAGUAGGAAAAGCUCCGAUUCAAAAGCCGCUGUGUAGACUGUGCGAGUGUCCGACGUCAGACGGCCACGUCCUCGCGUCGCAGGUGGACAGGAUCAAGCUGAGGAAAUGGGCCAUGGAGGUCAUGAACCUGACGGAAGACGACGAAAACCUGCCGGACGUGGUCGAAGAAGACGCUUUGAUCUGCUAUUUUUGCAUCUGGCAGGCAGAGUUUGGGGACGAGUCUGGAGACGAGGCUGUGGCUUGGUGGCCGAGAAACCUUGAUUUGGACGAAAAAGCUAAGGUUCUUCGCGAGAAUUAUUCAGUUGGAGAAGUUGAACAGUGUUGGGUGCAGUUGGAAGAGGUUGAUCUGGCCAAAUACGAUAAGGAAAUCCCUAAAAAGAGGAAAUACGGCAGUAAAGUGUGUCUUUACUGUGGAAAGAGAUACGACCAUCUGACAUAUCACGUCAAAUACAUGCACAAAGAAGCCAUCAAAUGCGGAAUUUGGGGCUGCAGAACUUACUUUCACACCGUGGAGGAAAAAGAGCAUCACAUGCAGCAUGAUUUUCACGAGAAAGGUGGCAAACCAUGGGAAAGCAGCGAAAUUCGUUGCAAAUUUUGUGAAAAUGGCAAAUUGUAUUCCUCAAGAUUAUAUUGGAGGCAGCACAUGAAACGCAUGCAUCCAGAACUAGUGGCGUGCUCGCGUGUAUGCUGCAUUGAGUACUUCAAAUCGAAGCCUGAAAUGAUGCUCCAUAUCAACUCGUUUCACAAAAAAGGCAUAAAUCAAGAUCUAUUUGAGUGCGAGCAUUGCGAUUAUUUCACACCGAUUAGGAACUUAAUGGUGCUACACCAACAGUCAAACCACAUGCCAAAGAUGUUCAAAUGCGACAGUUGCGACGCCAGUUUCGGCUCAAAAUACUUUGUUAAUUCGCACUACAAAAAGUUUCAUACAUUCGACGUGUGCAAAUCUUGUGGCCAGGACGUGGCUUACGGGUACAAGGCACGCCACAGAAGGCCAUCUGUUUGCCCCAAAUGCAAACUCAAAUUCAAGUGCUCGGGUAUGCAUAAACUGCAUCGGAAGAGCUGCAAACAAGCCCCCUAUAGUUGCGAAGAGUGUGGAGAAUCGUUCAACGUGCGUUGGAAGUUGAAUAGCCACGUGAGAAAAUUUCACAGCAAAACCCCUAAUUUCCGCUGCGACCAUUGCAACUAUUCCACUUUUGAAAAGAGAUACAUGCCGCGGCACAUGCAAUACAGACAUUUUCCAAAGACGAUUAAGUGUGGAGAGUGCAACCAUUUGUUUGCCUCUGAAUCAUUUCUCAAGGAUCACAGAAACUUGCGACACGAAUACGUUCGUUGCACAGAAUGUGCGCAGAAGAUAAGCCAUCAAGACUUGUUAAGACACCGGACAGUAAAGACUUGUUGCCAGUGCAAGUGCACAUUAAAUUGCUUAGGACUUGUUGCAAUGCAUGACUGUCCGCAGGGUAAUAAUUUAUACUGUGACAAAGUGUCCAAAAAUUUAUAGGAACAGGACCAGUUUAUAUUCUCAUAUUGUCAGGAAGCACUUUGACGUGUAAUUAAAAUAUAAAUCUUUAUUCUAAAAAAAAUGUCGCGUCAAAUUGAAAAAAAUCACCAGGUUUAUAUUGCUGCAGUUUCAAUUUUGAGUAAAAACAAUAUAUGAAAUUUAAUUUGAAUCUGUGAAAACAUUCAUUAUUCAAAUUUCAUUAAAAUUUUUUGAUUUAAUAUUUUUAAAACGCCUCAUUAUGUUCUCUCUGAUAUUUUCACAGCAAUAAACAGGGCAUUUAAAAAAAGUCUCCUUUGGCAGCUCCGGGGGCGACAAAAACGUGACGAAGGCUGCAGUGGUGGCGGCCUGUAGCUUAACCUCCUCAGUUCGGUGGCCAGCUGCGAGCAGAGCGUCCAUCGGGACCGGGAAAUAUUUUUUUCCGGGCAAUUCUGAUCCCGAGCAGAGUUAAAAGCGGUUAUACGAAGAAUCGGGGCGGGAUCGGGUAUUUUUUUCGGGACAGGAAUUCCGAUGAGCAGUUCCUGGCGAACGUAGGUUGAACGGGACUUUUGGCGUUGAAGUUUAUGUUCGCUUAAAUGUGCUUGUUAAUAUAUGGAUAAAUUCCAAGUUUGAAGCUCAGGAAUGGGGGACACCAGUCAAGAGUCCACUUUUCAUUCGCAGAACUCGAUUUCCACUGCUCAUCAUUUGCUCAACUUCAAAGAGAAUUUUUCAUCUCCAUUAAAAAAGCAUUUAUGUGUUCCGGAAAAAAUCGGAAAGUCGGCCAACGAAAUUUUCCCAAACAGCUGCCGAUGUCUCUUGGCUUGGGGAGCUCGAAAACCAACAACCGCCGAUCAAAAUUUGGGUGGCUCAGAUCUCUGAUGUAUAGUCUACCUUUUACAGAAGGUGAAAACGUGAAUGUACCAUUCUACCGCGGUUUCAUUAUGUCCCGAAUCUCGAAGCGUAAAAUGAACUACAAAUAAUGAAAUAAUUCUAAAGAGUUAAAAUUUAAGAUAUCUGGAGUUAGCGCCAAUCAAAGCAAACUGAACGCUGAUUGGUUGCCUCCUAAAACUAGACAGAGUUCAGAUAAGGAGUUCAAAACUUUACUCAAAUUUCUAGUUUUUAAAUAAAUUCUCAAGCUGAUUUAGAAAUUUUCUCGAUUAAAAAAGUAAUUCAAUAGAAAAAGUGAGGAAAAGAAUAAAAAAAAGUGGAAAAAGAGAAAAACCAAUCCCUAAUUUUCUUCUCCUUGUCGCACACACCACUGCGAACGGGGGCGGUGUCACUUGUCACUUGUAAACACACGACUUCACAGUGCAUGCAGCAAGAGCUCCGCAUGAUUAAAUUUGCUUGAUUAUAACUGCCGACCCAAUACAAAGCAAACAACUGGGCACUGACCAUUUAAAAUUUAACGCUUAAAACAUUUUCGGACGGAGACACGGAGAUGGAGAGACGUUCAAGGAGCUUAAGGAGUCAAGUAGGAAAAACUCCGAUUCAAAAGCCGCUGUGCAGACUGUGCGAGUGUCCGACGUCGGACGGCCACGUCCUCGCGUCGCAGGUGGACAGGUUCAAGCUGAGGAAAUGGGCCAUGGAGGUCAUGAAACUGACGGAAGAAGACGAAAACCUGCCGGACGUGGUCGAAGAAGACGCAUUGAUCUGCUAUUUUUGCAUCUGGCAAGCAGAGUUUGGGGACGAGUCUGGAGACGAGACUGUGGCUUGGUGGCCGAAAAACCUUGAUUUGGAAGGAAACGCAAAGGUUCUUCGCGAGUAUUAUUCAGUUGGAGAAAUUGAGCAGUGUUGGGUGCAGUUGGAAGAAAUUGAUCCGGCCGAGUACGGAAAGGAAAUCCCUAAAAAGAGGAAAUACGGCAGUGGAGUUUGUCUCUACUGCGGCAACAGUUACAACAAACUGACGGACCACGUCAAACUGAUGCACAAAGAAGCCAUCAAAUGCGGAAUUUGGGGCUGCUCGACUUACUUUCGCACCAAGGAAGAAAAAGAGCAGCACAUGCAGCAGGAUUUACACGAGAAACGUGAACAACCACGCGAAAGGAAGAAUUUUUCUUGCAAUUUUUGUGAAAUCGGCAAAUUGUAUUCCUCAUUGAAAUCGUGGAGAUGGCACAUGAAACACAACCACCCUGAUCUUCCGUUUGCUUGCACGCAUUACGGCUGCAAAGAGUACUUCAAAUCCAAGUCUGAAAUGAUUCUCCAUAUCAACUCUUAUCACAAACAAGGCAAAAAUCAAGAUCUUUUCCUGUGCAAGCAUUGCGAGUAUUUCACCACAUUUAAGGGUGUUUUGAGAAAACACGAAGAGGCGAAGCACAUGCCAAAGGUCUUCCAAUGCGACCUUUGCGACGCCAAAUUCGGCUCAAAAUACCUGGUUAAUUUUCACAACAAUCAAAUUCAUAGAUUCGACAAGUGCAAAUCUUGUGGCCAGGACGUUUCUCACGGGCAUAAGGCUGACCACUUAAGGUCAUUGGCUUGCUCCAAAUGCAAACUCAAAUUCACUUGCUCUGGUUUGUAUCAACUGCACAGGAAGAGCUGCAAACCAGCCCCCUAUUGUUGCAAGGAGUGUGAAGAAUCGUUCAACGUGUGUUGGAAGCUGAAUUGCCACGUGAGAAAAGUUCACAGCAAAACCCCUAAUUUCCGCUGCGACCAUUGUGAUUUUUUUACAUUUGAAAAGAGCCACAUGGCGAAUCAUAUGCAAUACAGACAUUUGCCAAAGAUGAUUAAGUGUGGAGAGUGCAGCAAAUUGUUUGGCUCAGAAUCCAUUCUCAAGAUUCACAAGGACAGAUCGCACGAAUAUGUUCGUUGCGCAGAAUGUGCCCAGCAGAUAACCCGUCCUUACAUGCGUUUCCAUCGAACUGUCAAGAGUUGCCGCCGCUGCAAGUGCAAAUUCAAGUGUCGUGGUCUUCUUAAAAACCAUGUGUGUCUGCAGAGUAAAAAUUACUAUUGUGACAUGUGCCCGAAUUUUUAUUUGGAUAAGAGAAAUUUGUAUUGCCAUUUUGUCAGCAAGCACAUUGGUAAAUAAAUUAAAUAAAAAGCUUUAUUCUAAAAAAUUGAAGCGUGUUAAAUAAAAAAAUUGCCAGUA